AUGCGAAGAGUAGCAACAAUCAUUGGAACAACAGGCGUCGGUAAAUCACAGUUAGGCGUUGAAUUAUGUAAAGCUUUACGCGGUCAAGUGAUCAAUGCUGACUCGAUGCAGGUGUAUAAAGGUCUCGACGUCAUUACGAAUAAAAUGCCAAUUCACGAACGACAAGGCGUACAACACCACUUGAUGGAUUUUUUAGAUCCUGAAGACGAAUACAAAGUGACCGAGUUUAAACGCGACGCAACCGAGUGCAUCGAGAAAUUGUCACUGGAACAAAACUUCCCCGUGAUAGUUGGAGGAACAAACUACUAUAUCCAAUCGUUGCUUUGGCACAAUAUGCUGAUCAAGGAGAGAAAUGAAGAAGAACAAGAGCAACGACAAGCAUCAUCCGAGCUGGAAGCUUUGAGUACGGCAGAUUUACAUGCCCAGCUACAAAAGGUGGAUCCAGUGAUGGCCAACCGUUGGCACCCGUCAGAUCGUCGAAAGAUUUUGAGAAGCCUGCAGAUAUAUCAUCAAACAGGUCGACCUCAAAGUGAUAUCAUAAAAGAACAGCAGGAGCAGCAUGAUGCACAUGGCAUGCAAGCAAGGUUCAAAUCGUUGAUAUUCUGGCUAUAUGCCGAUCCUAUGAAACUAAAUCCACGUCUAGAUGACCGUGUAGAUAAAAUGAUCGAGACUGGUCUUUUCGAUGAAAUUAAAUCAUUAAGAAAACGGGUAGUGGACGGAAGCGUACAGUUACCGGGCCAGGAUCUGGAAAAGUAUCAGCGUGGACUAUGGCAGGCCAUAGGAUACAAGGAAUUCGAUCCAUAUUUCUCUGCUAUUGAGGCAAAUGACAAAUCUGAUCAAGACCUUGACAAGAUUCGGAUAGAAUGCACUGAGCGAAUGAAGUCUGCCACUCGACGCUAUGCUAAACGUCAAGUGCAAUGGAUACGCAACAAACUAUUGUCAAUCGUCAACAAAUCAAAAGAUGUGGAUAUCUUUCUCUUGGACGCGACAGACUUGGAUGCUUGGGAUACGAAUGUCCGACAAAAUGCAAUCGAUAUAGCAACCGCCUUUCAGGAGGAUAAGCCCCUACCGGAUGCUACGUCGCUCGGAUCAUUAGCUACAUCUAUGCUCGCACCAUUAUCCUCCUCCUCGCCUUCUACACUGGAUUCUCAGACUCGUGCAUUGACUUGGCAAAAACAUACCUGCACUAUUUGUCGCACCAGCAACGGCGAACCCCUCAUUCUCUAUGGCGAUCUCGAAUGGAAACAACACUUUAGCAGCCGUUCCCAUCGCAAAACUUUGAAACGUCGUGCCAAUGACGCUGAGCGGGCUAAAAGAAUGAAAUUGACUGAAAAUGAAGACACCACUACUGCGGACCAGUCGUCUUCUCCUCCACCCCCUCCUCCCUUAUCGCCCUGA